CAUUUUUCUGCAUCACGAUGUCGACGAAAGACCAGUGCAGCGGCAAUGGCAGUCCGUCGUCGUCCCACCCGAUGACGACGAUGCGCAUCUUCCAGCUCACGAUGGGCCUGCUCCUCUUGAGCACGGUGGGGUACAUUGCCAAGUUCACCACGAUAUGGACCACCCCUUCGCUCAAACUCACGGUGGACGAAGUCCAACUGGGGCACAUGGCCCACCUCAGCGAAGUGCUUGAAACGCGCGGGAGAAAUCGGUACUUUGUGCCAGACUACGACGCCGCCGAAACCUUCUUGCGCUCUGUGGAUUUGACUGAAGGGCCGUUGUUCGUGCUGCUCAUGAGUGGCGAAGACAACGGGACGUAUUGGUGCGGCGACUGCGAAAGAGCGCGCAAACCGAUUAGCGACGCCCUGGCUCGUGCUCCAUCCAACAUGCGCCUGUUGGAAGUGAGCGUUGGAGCUCCAAGCGACUGGAAAAAUAAGUUCAACCCCUUCCGCACCAAGUCUACGUUCCACAUUCGCAAGAUCCCGGCCCUGCUCAAGUACGAUGGCAACCUCAGGACGUCACAUCUGCUGUCCGAGUCCUUUGCCACGCAGCCUGCGCUGUUGGACUUUGAGUUUGCUUCGAACCCUCACGCCAAUAAAGUUCUCCAUUCUCCGACAUCGUACAAGACCAUUCGAGAUGCCAACGUGAUGGUGGCGUUCCUUGAAGCGUACCAAGGCGACUACCCGCUGUUCCUGUCGUUCUCAUCGGCCAUCAAUGAGCAUACCGGCCGCCUGUGGUGCCCAUUUUGUGAUAUUGCCGACAUUCCGAUCCAUUACUACUUUGACCAUUAUGCCCCAUCGAACGCCGUGCUUGUCACUGUCGUCGUCGCCGACACAUACUUGGCAUGGAAAGACAAGAAGAAUCCAUUUCGAUUGCAAACCAUCGCGAAGAUCUCUGGCUUGCCGACGCUGUCCCGCGCCGUCCGUGCCGCGCCGACGGAUGCGGUGACUACGCGAGAGUAUUAUCCAUUCUUUGAGAACAUAGACGCGCUUCAAGCGUUCUUUCAAGCCCCCAAGUAACACGGCGAUAGCCCAAGUAAUAGGAGGGGCUGGGUUUUGCUUAGUGUAUUCUUAACGUUAGGCCAAAGUAGACGGGUAAUUAAUGUGAAAGUUGGUGUGGAAUCCUGGACGACUACUGGUAUCGUCUUGGCUGAAUGGUUUUUUGGUCGUGGAGCGAUGGAGCAGGUCGUGGAGGUCAUCGUACCCGCCAAUGUACUGCCCCCGCACAAACACUUGGGGCACACUGGUCACGUCCGACCCGACCAGGUCGCACAGAGCUCGAAGUGUGAUGUCCACCCCCACUGUCACGUCACGAUACGACCACUUGGCGUUGGACAGCGCCUCUUUUGCUAACACGCAGUACUUGCACUGGGGUUUCGAAUACACGAUCGCAUCCACGUAUGGCAGGUAUUGGGCAGCUUCAUGAGCAUCGGCAUCGUCGUCGUAGUCUGUGUCGAUGGCAUGAAGCCCACACUCUUGAGCGCGGCCAUGGAAUCGCGUGGCCCGGAUGUCCGUGUCCGCUUCUGUCAUCGGGCGACUGGAAUGCGCGUCGCCCACCGUGGCAUACCCGAGGGCUUUGAGUGGGUGGAACGGUAGGUUGUGCCUGGCCAUGUACGUGUCGACGUCAUGUUGCGUCCAGCUCAAGAUGGGACAGAUCUUUAACCGACCGUUGUGCACGUGUACAAUGUCCAGACGCCGCCGACGGUCAGUCUGGUCCGCUCGCAGCCCGACCAAGAGGGCCGUCGCCCCCAUUUCCGCCAGCGCACGCUCCAUCGGCUCCACUUUCCGCAGCAAGCCGUACAAUUGGUGGUCCUCUGGUGAAGACGACUCGUACAGUUUGCCAUGCACAGCCUCCAUAUGCGCGGGGGACGUCUGGGGGUGGUACACGCGUAGAUUCAGGUCGAGGGAUUGCUGCAGCGCCGUCGCGAAUGCGUAUGUUUCCGGUGGCAAGUACCCCGUAUCGACCCACACCACCGGCACGCGAUGCGGUUGGUUGGCAUGUUGCGUAACCAAAUGCAACAUCACAGCGGACUGUAUGCCGAAACUAGAGCUCAACGCGAGAGACUUGCCAAAUGAGUUGGCAGCCCACGCCACAAUCUCCGCCGCCGACUUGGACCGCAACAUCGUGUUGAGGUGAGCCACGUACGCCGGGGAGAAUGUAGUCGGAGCUGGUGCAAGGCCGCGCAAAGUCCACUCGUCCGCUGAAUAGGUUUGCAUCACGACAGGUACUUAGUAUCGAAUAAGUAAGUAUUCUCGAUAGUGAUAAAUCAUUCAUGUAUAAUCCACACGAGGAGUUUAC